AUGGGUUACGAUUUGGCCCGGUUUCAGGGCGAUGUUGACGAGGAACUGAUCUGUCCUAUAUGUUCCGGUGUGCUCGAGGAACCGCUACAGGCCGUUGCCUGCGAACAUGCAUUUUGUCGCGGGUGUAUCACCGAAUGGCUGUCAAGGCAACCGACGUGCCCGGUCGAUCGGAACCCCAUCACAAACAACAAUCUGCGUGCCGUGCCAAGAAUUCUGCGAAAUUUGCUCUCGCGGCUUAACAUAACCUGCGAGAACGCCAUGUACGGUUGCACGCUCGUGCUGAAGCUGGACACACUGGCAGCUCACAUUGAGGAGUGCGAGCAUAAUCCAAAGCGGCCACUACCGUGCGAGAAAGGGUGCGGUUUUGUCAUACCGAAGGAUGAAUACAAGGAUCACAAUUGCUUCCGGGAGCUGCGAUCGUUGGUGCACAGCCAGCAGCAGAAGAUGGGCGAACUGAAGAACGAAAUCAACGAUCAAAACUUGGUGAUAAAUGAGUUAAAGCGGGAGCUGAAUUUGGUGAAAGAUUUUAUGCGGGCGAUGCGUGUUUCGAAUCCCGCCAUGCGUGCCAUUGCGGAUCAGAUGGAGCGUGAUGAGGUGAUGCGAUGGUGUAACGGGCUGGCAAGGGCCCGGGUAACUCGCUGGGGCGGUAUGAUCUCUACACCGGAUGACGCGUUACAGCUCAUGAUCAAGCGUGCACUAUCGGAGUCCGGGUGUCCACCGCACAUACUGGACGAUCUGAUGGAAAACUGCCACGAACGACGGUGGCCGCGUGGUCUCAGCUCUUUAGAAACACGGCAAAACAAUCGGCGGAUAUACGAAAACUACAUCUGUCGGAGGGUUCCGGGUAAACAAGCGGUUCUGGUAUUGCAAUGCGACAACACGCAUAUGAACGAGGACGUGAUGGUAGAACCGGGACUGGUGAUGAUAUUUGCUCAUGGUAUCGAAUAGUUAGCGGGCGGGGAGUCGA